CUGGACCCUAGUUCAUGGACAUUCUCACAAGCUCUAAGUUCUUCCUCUGUAAAUUUCUGGAAAUUUCACAAGAAUCUGUUUUAUCCCCUUCCAGGUGACAAAGUCAUCCCACUCUUUACUCCUCAGUGUGGAAAAUGCAGAAUCUGUAAACAUCCUGAAAGCAAUUUCUGCUUAAAGAACGACCUGGGCAAGCUUCGGGGGACCAUGCAGGACGGCACCACCAGGUUCACCUGCAAGGGGAAGCCGGUCCACCACUUCCUCGGCAUCAGCACCUUCUCCCAGUACACCGUGGUGGAUGAGAAUGCCGUGGCCAAGAUCGAUGCAGCUGCACCGCUGGAGAAAGUUUGCCUCAUUGGCUGUGGAUUCUCCACUGGUUAUGGGUCUGCAGUCAAAAUCGCCAAGGUCACCCAGGGCUCUAGCUGUGCUGUGUUUGGCCUGGGAGGUGUUGGCCUGUCUGUCAUCAUGGGCUGUAAAGCAGCCGGAGCAGCCAGGAUCAUUGGUGUGGACAUCAACAAGAAUAAAUUUGCAAAGGCCAAAGAGUUGGGUGCCACUGAAUGCAUCGACCCUCAAGACCACAAGAAACCCAUCCAUGAGGUGAUCAAUGAAAUGGCUGACGGAGGUGUGGAUUUUUCGUUUGAGGUCGUUGGUCUGCGUGACACUCUGAUGUCUGCCCUGUUAUGUUGUCACGAGGCGUGUGGCACAAGCGUCGUUGUCGGGGUAGCUCCUGGUUCUGAUACCCUUUCCGUCAACCCUCUAGUGCUACUGACUGGCCGCACGUGGACAGGAGGUAUUUUUGGAGGCUAUAAGAGUAAAGACUCUGUCCCCAAACUUGUGGCUGAUUUUAUGGCUAAGAAGUACUCAUUUGAUGCAUUAAUAUCUCAUGUUAUGCCUUUUGAAAAAAUAAAUGAAGGAUUUGACCUGCUUCGCUCUGGAAAGAGCAUCCGGACCGUCCUGACAUUCUGAGAGCACACAGACGCCUUCCGGAAGCAGCCUUCAGCCUCCUCCACCCGCACCCUCUGCAGCACCAACGGGGCAAUGUCAUUGAUUCUGUCGUCAGAGAUGUUAGCAAUAAACCUCACACGAGAGCUUCCCGAAGGAAA